AUGAAGGAGCACCAAAAUCUACAUAAUCCAGGGAUUUUUGCAGACCUCGGAAGCGCCCUGAGGGUUUGCAGGGUAUGGCGGUCCGCGCUUGCGAGUAGGGUGCUCUACCGGGGCCACAUCGCGCGGCUCGCACCUCCAGCCCCGCCUCCAGCAGCCCUUGCAGCCCCAGCACCCGCAUGGCCUGGCCUGCAUCCGCCAGCGCUCUGCUCUGCCAGCGGCGGCCAGAAUUCCUUAGCCUGCGUGAAGCGCCUCCACAUUCGGAGCGCCGCCUGGCGCUUGACUCCCUCCUUGGCAGGCCUGGCGGAGCUGCUGCCAGCGCUUACUUGCUUGGACCUGGCCCCGGGCAUGCAAGAGCUGGGCAGUAGCACUGGCUUCUGCUCAUUUCCCCUCAAUGGGAUUGCGAUUGGUCGCGCCGACGAGGACCUGUCACUUGCUGAGGUCGGCGGGUGCUAUGCCAUCGAGGGGCGGCGACAGCAGCCAAAGCAGCCUGGUGGCCGUGGGGCCCUUCCGGGACCACUCAACCGCAACGGCACUAUUCCUGGGACUGCCGCGGUAUCUGCGUCAUCUGAGCGCGGCGGUCCGCAUCGGCGAACACGACAGGAUGGCGGCAUGGGCCGCCGUGAUGUCCGGCCAGCCCCGGCGGCUACGGCUGCUGGGGCCACUGUGCCGCUCGCCGGACUUGGCAGCGGCGGUAGUGGGCUGGGCCUGGGGCCUGCCAUGCUUGAAGCGCCACAGCCAUCUUGA